AUGGGGGCAGCUUCCGACGAGUGGACGCUUAGCGACGCCUUAAGGGACGGUCCUGAAGCAGAGCGGGACUGUGAAUUGGGCUACAUCAGCUCAGCACCGGAGGUCUUGUAUCAGCACACCUUGGAUCCCAGCCUCUCCGGUGCCACAGAUCUUUUGUCAUUGAUUCGCAACACAGUGGUAGCCUUGCUAGCCCGCAGUGGGCUGAUAGUCGAAUUGGUCUUCUCCUCUGACUUCAGGUGGAUCUAUGCCUUGAUCUCUGCUGGCGAAUCAGCCUUAGAGGAGCUUGCAGCCAAGCACAGCUAUCCAAGAGCACUGGAUUUGGAAUGUGUCGAUCCAGAGGCCACGGAGCCCUGCGACGCUCAGUAUGACCCGCUCUCCCUGGUUUUUCAGCGACAUGGAUGUCAAGAGGUCGUGGAGUUGUUGCGAGCACUGCGGCCUGAGGAACGGUCCAGCGAGGCAACUGUCCCAAAGGGCUCUUCUACACCCGAGGAUUCGGUUCGAGACGCUUAUUGCUGGUAUUUGCGAAGCCGUUUGAAGGGGGGGAAAAUCAGCCGCCAUUGCAAAGAAGGAGGCUUUAGCUUCGUGGGCACCGAGGAGGAUCUUUUGCAAAGCACCUUCGACCGCCUGUGUGGAUCCCAUGGCCCAGAGGUGGUACGAGUCUCUCCUGGAUCUGCGCAGGUGCGGCACUUCCAGCGCUUGCAGGUGCAGCGUCUAGAUGGCAAAUGGGUGACUUCACACUUCUCGAGGGAAGACCGCAUUAUGCUGACCAUGGCCGCUGUAACGGAUGCCUGUGACAUCUUCAAGCUGAUCAAUGAUGGCUAUGUGGUGGAUGUGCUGCCAUGCAAAGGCAGCGGGGAACAGAACCAAGAGGGCCAGGCUUGCGCCUUGCAGCUGGCGUGGAGAAGGCACAUGGGUGCCGCCAUCGCUUUGCCUGCACUUCUUGGGAUGGGUGCGCAGGUGGCUGUUGCGUGGGCUUCUGAAGAUUGGUGGGCUGAGAUUCUGUUGGGAUAUGCCUGUUUGACAUCUCUGUGGUUCAGUAUUGCACUGGCAGCUUGGAAGCUUUGCCGCAAGCGGUUGCUGCUGUCUCGUGGAGAUGUGCCAGGCUCCGAUGGAAGCUUCGAUAUUUGCUGUGGCAGCGGAUUUAUCAGGCCCGCUGAGUCAGUCAGCAGACCCUUUGGCAGCACAAGGCGGCAGUUUUUUGGUAGCCUGAAGCGGUCGCUCAUCACAAGCAACAUCGAGGAACAGGCGAAUCCGAUCUUCAGCUGCUUGAGGCAUGGACUCAUCAAGCUGAUUUGCGUAACACUAGCCCUCGCUUCAAUGGUUCUAGCUGCUUGCACAUGCGAUUUGCUCCCGAUCAACGACGAAAAUUUCAACAUACCCCAAAUCCAGUACAAUGUCUCGCAGCAUGUUGUGGCGCUCAUUGUGGUGCUGGAGAUUUGGCUCUUCAAUCGUGUUUUCAGGGUGCUCUCCUUGACAAUGACGAGAUGGGAAAACCACAAGUUGAGAUCCGAUUUCGUGCACGCUUAUCACUUGAAGGCUGUGAGCCUUCAAUUGAUUAAUUCGUAUGCAUCUCUCUUCUACAUCGCCUUUUAUCCAGACUCAUUGAAGAUGUUUGAAGUCUCGUACACCUGCUCCUAUGCCAAUGGCUGGUGGAACCAUUGGGGCAACGCGUGCCGGAUGGCGCGACUCAACAAGCAGCUGACGACCAUCCUUGCAGCCUUUUGUUUGAAGGUGGCGUUCCGUUGCGUGGCUCUCCUGUUGUUCUCACCGACGAAGAAAGCCAGUCAGUCGCUGCCCGAAAGGAGCUCUGAUAUUUUGGACCUGGACCACGUCAUGUCGGCGCCAAGGUUUGGAGAUCCAGAAACUGAUUUGAACGUGGUGCCUUCUUGCUGCUUUAGUGCAGCAUCUGAGGUGAUCAUCGUUCUUGGCAUGUUCUUGCUCUUCUUACCAGCGUCUCCAUGGACCGGGCUUUUGACCUUCAUCUUUCUGCAGCUUUCAAACCUGGCCUUGGCUCGAAGCCGCCGUGGGAUCCCAUGGCGUGCAGGGCAUCCUUUUUGUCACAGCGCAGAUUUGCUCGAAGCCAGUGACCGUCUCGCGGGGACAGCAAUCCAAGCAAUCUCUUGGCUCGCCAUGCUCAGCAUGGCAGCUCUUUUGGUUUGGCCAGCCCAACUUGGCUGGGGCCGACUGAAUGCUGUCCUCCUCAUCAAUGAGGGCUCCGACUUGGCGCCUUGGGGCGUGUCUUGCGCCUUGCUGCUGGUUUGUCGCUUUUUGCCUGGACGAUUUGCCACUUGCUCUCCCCCAUUCCGCCAGCCCCGAAUCUGUCACCCCGCGAUACCUCCAAUACAAGACUGGCGCUGCGCACCGCUGAAACACGGCUGUGUCGGGCAAUGCAAAAAGCAAGGCAGGAUGGUACUGCAGCUCCUUCAAUUAGAAGUGUUCGCGGGAGGCCGCAACUGGGCACAGACUUUCGAGUGA